AUGUCGACCUCCGCCUCCUCCCCACAAGAACUCCGGGAUGAGAUCAAGGUUCUCGAUGUCAAGCCCGUGAAUCAGACUAUCCAGCAGAUUCGCUCGCUCGCCGCGGGUGCUGCCGGUGGUCUCUGUGCCGUCGUCGUGGGACAUCCCUUCGACUUGGUCAAGGUGCGCCUGCAGACCGCCGAGAAGGGCGUUUAUGCGGGUGCAAUGGAUGUCGUGCGGAAGACGGUUGCCCGUGAGGGUUUGGCUCGGGGUCUGUACGCGGGUGUGUCUGCCCCGCUAGUUGGUGUCACUCCGAUGUUUGCUGUCAGCUUCUGGGGUUACGACGUUGGCAAGAGCCUGGUCGAAAAGGCCUCCGUUGUUCCAGUGGUAAACGGCACCCCCCAGUUCUCUAUCGCUCAAAUCUCCGCCGCGGGUUUCUUCUCCGCCAUCCCCAUGACCCUGAUUACCGCCCCCUUCGAGCGCGUCAAGGUCCUCCUUCAGAUCCAGGGUCAGAACCCGCCCCCGCCGGGCCAGAAGCCCAAGUACUCCGGCGGUGUGGACGUUGUUCGCCAGCUGUACAAGGAGGGUGGUAUCCGCAGUGUCUUCCGUGGCAGCGCCAUGACGCUAGCCCGUGAUGGUCCCGGAUCGGCGGCCUACUUCGCCGCGUACGAGUACAUCAAGCGGUCUUUGACUCCCAAGGAUGCCAAUGGAAAUGUCACCGGCGAGCUGUCCCUGACGGCGGUUGUCGCUGCGGGUGGUGCCGCCGGUAUUGCCAUGUGGAUUCCCGUUUUCCCCGUCGACACGAUCAAGUCCCGUCUGCAGAGUGCACCGGGUAAGCCGACUAUUGGCGGCACCGUCCGGGCCGUGUAUGCCAGCGGUGGUUUCAAGGCCUUCUUCCCUGGUUUCGGUCCUGCGCUGGCUCGUGCCGUGCCUGCUAACGCGGCUACUUUCUUGGGUGUCGAGCUCGCGCACAAGUUCAUGAAGAAGAUGUUCGACUAA